UAAUAAACAGUGCUUGAGCAUAUAAAAGCCUUUUCCACCGAGGUCAGCCCUCAGAGGGACUCGUGUGCGCUGAGGAAGGGACCACGUAUCACCGCACCAGAGGAGCCAGCAUGCCGCAGUAUAAGCUGACUUACUUCAACCUGCGAGGGCGAGCAGAAAUCAGCCGCUACCUGUUUGCCUACUCGGGCAAGAAGUAUGAAGACCACAGAAUAGAAGCAGCAGACUGGCCCAAAAUCAAACCAACUAUCCCGUUUGGCAAACUCCCUAUUCUGGAAGUAGAUGGAGUUAUCAUUCACCAGAGCCUGGCAAUGGCAAGAUACCUUGCCAGAGAAUCAGGUCUGGCAGGUCAGACGCCUGUGGAACAGGCACUAGCUGAUGCCAUUGUGGACACCAUAGAUGACUUCAUGACACUGUUCCCUUGGGCAGAGAAAAACCAGGACGUGAGAAAAAAAGCAUUUGAUGACAUCCUCACCAACAAAGCACCUGAGUUACUGAAAGACUUGGAUACAUUCUUAGGGGAUAAAAACUGGCUGGUAGGGAAUUCUGUAACAUGGGCCGAUUUCUACUGGGAUGUGUGCAGUACAACACUUCUGACCUGUAAACCUGACCUGGCAGACAAAUACCCCAGGCUUUUGGCUCUCAAAGAGAGAGUGCAAGCACUUCCAGCUAUUGCAGCCUGGAUCCAGAAAAGACCGAAGACUGUAAUGUAGAUCAGCUGUUCAGAAAAACAGAUACAUGUUUAGUUUUCAAUGAGACAAGCAUCCUAAGUUAUUAACUCCAGAAUCAUUUAUGUUAACUUCAGAUGGGUACGCUGCAUCAAAUCAAAACCUACCACUUUUUCUGGGGCGAAUCUAAAAUACUGAUUUGGUAGAGUAAUAAAUACUGUUUUGAA